AUGACGGGUCCAAAGGCCUACCUGAUCUAUUCCAGCAGUGUUGCAGCUGGUGCCCAGAGUGGUAUUGAAGAAUGCAAGUAUCAGUUUGCCUGGGACCGAUGGAACUGCCCCGAGAGAGCCCUGCAGCUGUCCAGCCAUAGUGGCCUUCGCAGUGCUAACCGGGAGACAGCAUUUGUACACGCCAUCAGCUCUGCUGGGGUCAUGUACACUCUGACUAGGAACUGCAGCCUCGGCGACUUUGACAACUGCGGCUGUGACGACUCCCGCAACGGGCAGCUGGGGGGCCAAGGCUGGCUGUGGGGAGGCUGCAGUGACAACGUGGGCUUCGGAGAGGCAAUAUCCAAGCAGUUUGUGGAUGCCCUAGAGACAGGACAGGAUGCUCGGGCAGCCAUGAACCUGCACAACAACGAGGCUGGCCGCAAGGCAGUGAAGGGCACCAUGAAACGCACGUGUAAGUGCCACGGAGUGUCCGGCAGCUGCACCACGCAGACCUGCUGGCUGCAGCUGCCCGAGUUCCGCGAGGUGGGCGCGCACCUGAAGGAGAAGUACCACGCGGCUCUCAAGGUGGACCUGCUGCAGGGGGCCGGCAACAGUGCCGCCGGCCGAGGCGCCAUCGCCGACACCUUCCGCUCCAUCUCCACGCGGGAGCUGGUGCACUUGGAGGACUCUCCGGACUACUGCCUGGAGAACAAGACGCUGGGGCUGCUGGGGACAGAAGGCCGAGAGUGCCUGCGGCGCGGACGGGCCCUGGGCCGCUGGGAGCGCCGCAGCUGCCGCCGGCUCUGCGGGGACUGCGGGCUGGCGGUGGAGGAGCGCCGCGCCGAGACCGUGUCCAGCUGCAACUGCAAGUUCCACUGGUGCUGCGCGGUCCGCUGCGAGCAGUGCCGCCGCCGGGUCACCAAAUACUUCUGCAGCCGCGCCGCACGGCCGCGGGGGGGCGCCGCGCACAAACCCGGGCGAAAACCCUGAGGGGCUCCUUGGCCCCCUCCUUUCCCCUUCUGUCCUAGGCUUCUUUUAGAGAGACCCCAGUGAUAGAGGAACCUAGGGAAUGCCCCCGCCCCAGCAUCCCCCUGCCCAGGGAUCCCAGGAGCGAGAGACACCACCAUCUCUCCAGUUUCCAACCCUUUAUCCCACCCUUUCCCCCAAUUCUUCUGUGCUCUCCUCCAACUCUGUCCCCAUCAUCCUCACCCGCCACACUUAGGUGUGAGAACUCCCAGUCCUGAGAUUUUGAGCUCCUGAUCUUCCCUGGACUAGGGUGAGAACAGGCACGUCUCCUCCCCUUCCCUGCUGCCCUAAGGCCUGGCCUGGCCUGGCUGAUGGAGCCUGUGGAAGAGCACAGCCCAGAUUCACAGGGCCUGGCCCGGGAAAGCCAUGCUUUUCCCUUUCACCCAUUUUCUUGCACCCCUCCCCCUAUUCUUCUGCUGCCAGGUCUCUACCACAGCCACAUCUUUUCUUUCUUCAGAGCUCCUUCCGUGCUUCUGAUUCCCUGCUAACCGCUGGCAGACACCCCAGCAAUCUCUAAUGCUUUCUCUUGUUCCCGUUCCCUGAAGAAAAACUGACAAAACUGACCCUGGAAAAAGCAUGUGUUUGGGGCUUGUUUCCCAAAGGCAGGGCCUGAGGAUGGAAGAAAUGGGAACCCUAGCAGGGUGACUUGCUGGAAACCAAGGGUACUACUCAACCAUGUGAUAUUGACUCCACCCGUCAGGCCAUGACCUAGUGACCUUCAGACAAUCACCCGAGGUGCCCCAGGCAUACCCACAAUGUCUGGGAACUAUGUAAGGGCAGACGACCAGCUACUCCCUGCCCCUGAAACUUCUCCCUGCUCCUAACCUAUUCCUUCCUAGCAACCGACUUUACCUCUCCUCCUUCCUCAA